AUGCAGAAACACUUCGAGAUACAAAUGUUAUACAAGAACCAUUUCAGCUUCAAGGAGUGUCUUCAAUCGAAAUAUCGAUUUAGUCAAUUACAAUUGACCUCAGUGAUCUUCCGAGAUACGAAGUUCCAGUGGGCCGGAACAACGAAAGUGAUGAGGAGGAGGAUUGGGAGACCGAAAGUGAUGAUAGCGAGGAUAACAAAGGUUAUUAUAGUUCAGAUGAUGAAUAAUGCAAUUUAUUAG